CGCCGGGGAUGCGAGCACCUGGCGGGGAGGCGGCGCCUGUGGCGGCGGCGGCUGAGGUGGCAAGUGCCGGAGUGGGCGAGGAGGAGACGCAGGAGGUGAUGGCAGCGGACCUGGGGAGGGGGAGACGCUGCGUCUGGCUGAGGCGGCCCCUAGGCUGGGGUCCCCCUUCCAGGACGUGGCUCAGCAGGCAGGAGGACUGAACAAAGGAGAGAAAACCAACAAAGAUAACUUUGGUAGCACUGAAUGCGGCAAAAUAAGAACAAUGGAUCUCAAGUUCAACAGCUCCAGGAAAUACAUUUCUAUCACUGUCCCCUCCAAAACCCAAGCAAUGUCACCACACAUCAAGUCUAUAGAUGACAUUGUAGUGCUUGGCAUAAAUCUCAGCAGAUUCAACAAACUGACUCAGUUUUUCAUAUGCAUUGCUGGAGUUUUUGUAUUUUACCUAAUUUAUGGAUAUUUACAGGAAUUAAUAUUUUCAGUGGAGGGUUUUAAGCCCUAUGGCUGGUAUCUUACUUUAGUGCAGUUUGCAUUUUACUCCAUAUUUGGCCUAAUAGAACUUCAGCUAAUUCAGGACAAAAGGAGAAGAAUACCAGGAAAAACCUACAUGAUAAUAGCUUUUCUAACUGUGGGUACUAUGGGGUUAUCAAACACUUCCUUGGGCUACCUGAAUUAUCCUACCCAAGUCAUCUUCAAGUGCUGCAAAUUGAUUCCUGUUAUGCUAGGAGGAGUUUUUAUUCAAGGAAAGCGUUAUAAUGUUGCAGACGUGUCUGCUGCCUUAUGUAUGAGCCUCGGCCUGAUAUGGUUUACCCUAGCCGACAGCACGGUUGCACCAAAUUUCAACCUGACAGGUGUGGUCCUCAUCUCGCUGGCUCUGUGCGCAGAUGCUGUCAUUGGGAAUGUCCAAGAGAAAGUUAUGAAGCUGCAUAAUGCUUCUAAUUCAGAAAUGGUUUUGUAUUCGUAUUCAAUCGGUUUUGUGUACAUUUUAUUGGGAUUGACAUGCACUAGUGGAUUAGGCCCUGCAGUAACAUUUUGUUCAAAGGAUCCAAUUCGCACCUAUGGUUAUGCUUUCCUUUUCUCCCUCACUGGGUAUUUUGGAAUCUCUUUUGUUCUGGCUUUGAUUAAAAUUUUCGGUGCCCUUCUUGCUGUAACAGUGACAACAGGGAGGAAAGCAAUGACCAUUGUUCUUUCAUUUAUAUUCUUUGCCAAACCAUUCACAUUCCAGUAUGUGUGGUCUGGCUUCUUAGUUGUCCUUGGUAUAUUUCUCAAUGUUUACAGCAAAAACAUGGAUAAAAUAAGACUGCCAUCACCAUAUGAUCUGAUAAAGAAGAUGGUGGACCUGCGGAAGUCAGGGACGUUGGCACAGACUGUAUAGGCAGUGGUUCGUUCUGCAGAAUUCUGUUUGUAAAAUGGAAUUAAUUCAUCAAUCAACUUUCCAAAGGGACUUAUGAAAACCGAAGGCUCUGAAGGCAUGCUAUCCAUUUGUGGAUGGAUUACAUAUGUACGUAUGAUGUCGGCCUUUCUUUAGAACCCUGUUUGUCUAACCUCCAGAGCAAUCACGAGGGCCUUGCCCGGCACGCCUUGGACUGAAACUUCAACAUGAAGGACUUAAUACUUACAGUCUGUUGAGAAUUUCAAUGGACAUGGACCAUGUUGCAAGACUGAUUGUAUAUCAUUAUGACAUAUCAAAGAAAUUGAUAUGUAAAAAUAGACUGUUUUCCUUUUUCCAUUCCAUUUUGGUGGUCUUAUUUAAAUUGAAUCUCUGUUGUAAGAGUGAACUGAUGAUUUAAAGUCCAGAGAGAAUAACUUCAUUAUAAAUAAAAAUUAUUCUGUUGAUUUUUUUUUUCUUGGUAAAAAGAAUGUGUUUGAUGGAAUUUUGUUAUAAAGAGGGAAAAUAAAGGUUGGAUUUUGUUAUGAAGAGGGAAAGUAAAGUAUCCUUUAAA